UGGCACAUUACAGCUAAACCCUAAAGACAGGGAAAAUCACCGAAGCACUAGUCGAUGGCGAUGAAUCCCCCGUGUGCGAGAUGCAGGAAGACUGUUUACCCCAUGGAAAAACUAUCGUGCCUUGACAAGUUCGUCUCCAGGUCUGGCAUAAAGGAUGUUUCAAAUGCGAAUCAUGUGGCAUGACCUUGAAUAUGAAGACUUAUAAAGGUUAUCAGAAAUUACCCUAUUGCGACGCACAUUACCCAAAAACAAAGCAUACAGUUGUCGCCGAUACAUUGGAAAACCAGCGAAUAAAGACGAACACUCAAAUACAGAGCCAGGUACAGUACCAACGCGACUUUGAGCAGUCCAGAGGCCGCUACACAGUGAUAAGUGACGACCCGGAGACUCUACGCGCGAUCAACGUCAACCGCAACAGUAGCAACGUGGCCUAUCAGAGCGGAAGUCGGGAUCAAUACACAGGCUCUCGCGACCCUCGCAUGCCGUCAUACGGAGACCGUCCUCCCAUGCCGCGCACGAGGAAGGAGGAGCGCUACGUAGCUGCGUACAACUACUCGGCGUCAGAUACGGACGAGAUAGGCCUACAAGAGGGCGACAUCAUCACAAACCCGACACGCAUCGACGAGGGCUGGAUGGAAGGUCGAAACCAACGAACUGGCAAAUUUGGCAUGUUCCCAGCAAACUACGUAGAGCAAUACAUGUGAAAAUUUCUUGCUUUAAAAAGCUAACAUAAGAAUACAUAUAAAAAUAAGGAUAAAAAAUUAUUUGGCAUGUUUCACGCCAACGACGGUAACAAUACAUAUAAAAUAGUUGAGUUUACUUCUAUACACUGAUCCAGGAGAGUGGGAUCCCUGUGGAAUCCGUGUACACAGCUCAAAAUCUUUUAUUCGCCCACCUCAAUGAUAAUUUAUCUUCUCGCACAGAAACGCUGGAACUGAAUAAACCACGCCGAAGAAGUGUGUCAUUUUAGGGUUUUUUAAGCAGUUUUUUGAAAACAUUAAAAUGUGUGCAGAUCUCAUGUAAUAUUUGUACUUGAUAUAACAGACAGUAGAUUUGUACAAUUGAAUGCCGCUGGCCACGAUCUUGGGCCGUGGGUGCACCUUGCCUCGACCUGAAGUUCAACAGAUAAUAGCAUCAAGGCCAUUUUUUUUUUCUGUAAGAGUUUGUAUCUGGUUCGGGCCAUUCGCAAGUUAAUAAAAUUCUAAAGAGUUGCUAAAGUAAAUAACUUAAUUCAAGAUUUAAGUCUACGGAACGGGUAAGAAAGAGUGAAUUCCACAUAUAGUCGAGUGGUUUUUGUACUAAGGGAGAAAAUAUCAAAAUAUAUGUAAUUAAGGUAACUUUAUACAAAAGGUAUAUAAUAAAUUUUGCUCAGUAAAAGCUA